UGAUCCAUCCAAAGGACAAGGAAAGAACAAAAAAAAAAAAAUAUUUUGGGCAAUUAAACAGCAGAAAUGGCCAGAUCAAGCUACAAAUUAACCAUGCUUUUUAGCUUUGUUCUAUUGUUCCUUCUCUCCAUUAACAUAGCAGAAAGUAGAAUUGUUUCCUCUAGAAUUGGGACGAAUUCUGCUCUGAUAUGCAGUAAGAUUUAUGGUGCAAAUAUUGGAGAUACAUGCUUCAGCAUUAUGCAACAGUUUAGUGUGACGGCUGAGGCCUUUACUACUUUCAAUCCCAAUCUCAAUUGUGAAAAAAUGUUUGUUGGUGAAUGGAUAUGCCUUGAUGGUUCCUCCUUGUAAAAUAUUGAGCAAGGGAAUUUAAAGCUCGAUAAAUAAAAUAUUUGAAUUUCUUACUUUUGUUGAGAAAGAGAAGGUUUGCUCUUGGAAUUUAGGAGCAAUGAAGACGGUACAAUUUGAUUUGGUAACAAACUAAGGCCAAUGUAUGAAU